AUUUACAUUCCCCUGGACCGUUAUUUCAGCCCCGAGUAAAUGUCUUCCCGUUGAUACUGCUACUUUCAGAAAAACUGCCGCUCUCGGAAAAAGGGAACAAAAUGGACAGAACCAGCACGCUCGCUCCGGCAAAACAAUCCCUACCGCGUCCUUCAUCCGUGGCGUCCACAAACACAACAACAUCAUCCACCAACAAAACCCGGCAAUACGCCCAUCUGCACGCACAGCUGGCGCAGUUGAACGCGCAUCUCGCGGACACCGAGAAUCUGUUGAGGAUGACGGCCGUGCAGGCCCAAGAUAUGCGGUUCUUGGGGGGUUACGUCGGGGCGUUGUUUAUGGGCAGCGCCAAAGUUCUAGGGGAAGAGAGUGUGCAGGGCAGAGGCAAACAAGGGGAGGAUGGAUCGAAAGAGUCGUGACUAUGUCUUAAAUCUGUCCACGACGGCGGAAACGACCUCGACCUCGACCUCGACUGAAUCACGAGUCCUCGCUGAACCACUUCCACCCGCGAAAAGCGACAAGAUCAGCAGCUGAAGCACCAUCGGGCGCCACUGUUUCGCGCAACCACUCCCUGAAGGACCAUAUUUCAGGUCCUACUUGGUUUUUCUGACCACGGCUCGGCCACAUAGCUUCUACGAUCCUGUUCACCGUCUUCUGUGCAUUGGUCUGUUUGAAGCCAAGAUGAUUCCAUGAUUUCAGAUGUUGAGAAGACGAUGUCCGGUAAUGGUACACCGCAACCGACUUGCCUAAGACGAUAUCCGGUAGCCAUGCAAUCUGGCGAGUGCCAGCUUGCCGAGACAGGUUGUCACUACCGAUUUUGUGGCACGUCUUCUACUUGUGGCCAGUGUUGAAGAGCCUCGCGAAGGACGGAGUCAUUACGCUUGCUUCGAGAAGAGUGGACAGGAUUGUACCAUAGCAUCAGAGAUGUUCAUUUCUGUUAACCAAAAUUCUCACUCUUGCAGCUCCCUACAUAUCACCAGAACAUAUCACCGUUGCAGCUCACUUCGAUGCUGUGCACAAGUACGUUGAAUGGUGUUCUCCAAUCGUCGUCGCUCUCACACUGAGCGAUCUUUGAUCUGCGUUUGCUCUUUGGACAUGAGGCAGUGUUGCCUUGCCAACCUUUUUGAACGUGC